UGAUCAGUGCGGUUCAAAGCGUAGCAACGUUCGGUUCGGUCUUGGCUUCAAUCACUGAAUCACUGUCUCUGUUUCUAAUUCGAUUUCGGUAUUAAAAGUAACGCUAGUUUCAAAGAAGCGGCAGCUUAAAGCGCAGUUUCCGUUAAGCUUUGUGCGUGUGUCUACGCGUGUGUGUGUGACUCUUUGUGUGUGUGUUACGAAGCAAACAAAAUACUCUCAUAAUGUCCACUUGGUAUAGAAACUAUGCGCCCGUCUGGAUACAGCGCUGGUUGCAUCCAGCGCCUCCGCCACGCCCCUUCAAUCCCUUCCGGAGCACACGCCCGGGGCCCGAUCUUGCAAAUGCUGGCAGCUCAGCCGUGCUAGGAGUACAGCGCGUGGAUUUGUGCCUGCAGGACAAUCACGACGAGCACCACACGAGUCACUUUGCUGCCGCAUCCUUCAAGGAGGCGUUGAUAGUGCGUCGGGGCGAACCUUUUCGCCUGCGCAUUCACUUUAAUCGCGACUACAGUCCCAGCAAGGAUGCCAUUAGUUUCAUCUUUAGUGUGGCUGAUGACGUCAAGCCCAGUCCAGGACAUGGCACAUUGAUGGCGCUAGUGCCGCACGAUGGCAUCGAUUAUCUGGGCGAUGCACUCGAAUGGGGUGCCGGCAUUGAGGCACACGAGGGUCAAACAUUGACGGUGCUCGUCAAGCCGCCGGUAAGCUGCCCCGUGACCGAAUGGCGACUGGACAUCGACACCAAGUUGCUGGGCGAUGGCUCACGCAGCUAUCAGGUGCCCUUGCCCAUCUAUGUGCUGUUCAAUCCCUGGUGUCCCGAUGAUCAAGUCUAUUUGGCGAAUCGGGAGCAGCGCAAGGAAUAUGUGAUGCACGACACUACGCUCAUCUGGCGUGGCUCGUAUAAUCGGCUGCGACCCUCGGUGUGGAAGAUUGGCCAAUUCGAGCGGGAUGUGCUUGAGUGCAGUCUGAAGCUGCUCGGCACUGUGGGACGCAUUCCACCAGCCUAUCGCGGAGAUCCAGUGCGCGUGGCUCGUGCGCUUUCAGCUCUCGUCAAUUCCGUGGACGAUGAUGGCGUGUUGUUGGGCAAUUGGAGCGAAGACUUUUCCGGCGGCACUGCGCCCACCAAGUGGACGGGUUCGGCGGAAAUCCUGCAGGAAUUCCACAGGACACAGCGAUCGGUUAAGUUUGCGCAAUGCUGGAAUUUCAGUGGCGUUCUCGCUACCAUUUCCCGUGCUCUGGGUAUUCCGUCGCGCAUCAUCACUUGCUACUCCUCGGCACAUGAUACUCAGGCCUCGCUCACCGUUGAUGUCUUCAUCGAUGCGAACAACAAGAAGUUGGACGCCGAGACAACGGACUCCAUUUGGAACUAUCAUGUGUGGAACGAGUUGUGGAUGCAACGUCCAGACUUGGGCAUCGGCCAGUAUGGUCCCUAUGAUGGCUGGCAGGCUGUGGAUGCCACGCCCCAGGAGGCCUCGGAUAACAUGUAUCGCGUGGGUCCCGCUGCCGUGUUGGCUGUCAAGCAUGGCGAGAUUUUGCGUCCAUUCGACUGCGGUUUUGUCUACUCCGAGGUGAAUGCCGACAAGCUCUAUUGGCGCUACAAUGGUCCCAGCCAGCCGUUGAAAUUGCUGCGCAAAGACACGCUGGCCAUUGGUCAUCUGAUCAGCACGAAGGCGGUGCUAAAGUGGGAACGCGAGGACAUCACCGACACCUACAAGUAUGCCGAACGCACCGAGGAGGAACGCAACUUUAUGCUCAAGGCAUUGAAGCAAUCGCGUCACGCCUUUAGUCGCUACUAUCUCAACGAUAGCUUCAACGAGGUGGAGUUUAGCAUGGAACUGAAGGAUGACAUCAAGAUUGGCGAGAACUUUUCGGUUGUGCUCAAGGUGUCCAACAAGAGUGAGGAGCGCGUUCAUCUGGCCACAGGUCAGCUCAACUGUGAUGCUGUACUCUACACGGGUGUUGGUGCCCAGGAGGUCAAGGUCAUGGGCUUUGAGGUGGAUCUGAAGCCACAGACUACGGAAUAUGUGCGCAUGGAAGUGACGUUCGAUGAGUACUUUGAAAAGCUCUCCUCUCAGGCGUCUUUCCAAAUAUCCGCCGCAUGCAAAGUCCGGGAUACCGACUAUGAUUAUUAUGCCCAGGAUGAUUUCCGCGUGCGCAAACCCGAUAUUAAGUUCCAGUUUGGUAAUGGAGAUGUUCCGGUGGUGGCACAGCAGGAGGUUGAUGUGAUUGUCCGUCUGGAGAAUCCGCUGCCCAUUCCCCUGCACAAGGGACUCUUCACCAUCGAGGGUCCGGGCAUAUCACAGCCGCUGAAGUUCAAGAUUUCUGAGAUUCCCGUGGGAGGCACCGCUGCUGCUACCUUCAAGUACUUGCCGCCUUAUGCCGGACGUGGUACGCUGCUGGGCAAAUUUGUGGCCAAGGAACUGGAUGAUGUGGAUGGCUACAGGCACUACGAGAUCGAGCCGCGACCCGAGGAUUUGCUGCAGCCCAAUGGCAACCUUAGGAGCAGCAACAUCAUUCGCCGGCGCACCGAUAUUAUACCUUAAAACCAAACUAACGCCUCCAAUUGCAAGUCUUUAUUUAGUUUAAGUUCGAGUUUUAAGUAAAUCGUAUAGAUAAUUGUCAA